GGUUUUUUCACUGGGACUGAGAGAAGAUCCACUGUGAGGUAAUAAUUCAGGUAAAACAUAAUCUAGACCCAUGGUUCCCCUCUGAAGAAUAGGCCCUCAUAAUCUGAAAAUUACUACAGUCAAACCUCUUUAAUAUGUACACCAAAGGGACAGAAACAAGUGUCCUCUUUACACAGGUAUCCGGUCCGAUUAUAGAGGUAGAGAGUGUAUGAUUUUUGGCAUUUCUGGGACCAAACGAACUGUCCGUAAUGGAGAGGUGUCGGUAAGGAGAAGUUAGACUGUAUUGUCACAAUCUGGAAAACAGCUCUAGAAAAGAAAUAAUAACAACAUAUAAUUAUUUUGUACCCUUAAAAAAUUGUAUUAGCAAAGCUGUGCUCUAAGGAAAAUUGAAGGGAGCCUAGUGCUCUGAAACUUUAAAAUCUAGGGUGCCUGAGCGUUUGAUUUGUGUGAAAAAAGUAAGAUUUGCUAGUCACCUGAAAGCAAAAGUUACAUGCCUUGGGCCACCGGGCUCUGCUAGAGCACAGCCCAGAUUAGUAAUACAUGUAUUUAAUAAUUAUAAUCAUUAUUGUGGGAUACAAACUACAUGUACAGUGAUUUUGUUACAAAUAGUUAUGGUGAGUCCUGGGACUCAUCUUGUGAAAAAUCAUGAGUCCCUGCUGUCAUAACCAGCGAGUCCCAUUUCAAAAAAACAAGGAGUCCUAUUAAAAUUGAAAAUGCUUGGGCUUUUAUGCAAGCAGACAAUUAAUCUGGAGACAGAUGCCAAAACUCAAAACAUGUAUUAAGGUUUACUGAAAUUAAAAUGUAUAGUCCUUCUAUAUAUUUAAAGCAGAAAAAAGACAAACAAAUAUGCAUCUUUAAACAACAGCCACAGAAAUCACACGGACAGGAUAUAAUUAUUAUAAAUGUAUGAAUGAACUUGCUGAAAAUAUAAUCACAAAAAUAUAUUUCCAGCAAGAAAAACCAGUCCUCAUUGGUCUCAAAAAUUAGUUUCCACAAACCAGUAGUUGUUGUGAUGAUUUUAUAUUGGGGGAAAUGUUUUUGCCUGUGGUGGUGGUGGGGGGUUUCUUUCAUUUAUACAACAAACUUUAUUGAUUUGCAGCCCUCAGCAAACUGAAUUAUACACAGUUGUACACAGUCAGUCAAAGUUUUUGAAAGUGACCUCCUUGAGAAUGUACAAGUUGUUGCAACUAAAGCUGGUCAUUUAUCAGAGUAUAUUCUUGUCAAGUUAAAAAGCUAAAAGUGAAAAGAAGUAUUUUUUGUUCUUUAGGUCAUCUGGGCCUUGCCAGGUCAUUACGCUUCGGGAAGAAAACUUCCAUGAUGCUUUUAGUCAGGUUUGUUGAAAUGAUGAUUUUUUUAUUAUUAUAAGACAAUUUUAUUAUUAGUAUUCCACUUGACAAAGAAAAUGUGGACACAGCAAUCCAAACUGUAUGUGCGAAUGUAUCAUAUUGACUUUAUAACAUGCCACUUUAUCCCAUAUUGUACAUAAAUAGUGUUAAUGUUUAUGGGUGGUUAGUUUAUAAGGCUGUUAAGGUGUGAAUGUGUUAAGCUACUACGCUGUAAAUUAUCUGUCUAUUGUGAGGUCCUUUGUGAUUUACCAGUACUGUUUUGACCAGGGUUGUUAUUCUUCACUUGUUGCUGUUGCAACAUCUAAUAAAGCCGUUUUGAGUGGGCCAACAUGUUUGUUCAAGUUUCAAGAUAUCUUGAAGACUUUUCAUAGCAUUUUGCAAAUUUCAAAUGAAUUUAAUGAACAUUGGUUAAAAAGCUAUAUAACAUCCCAUGAUAUCUAAAGCGCUUUAAUAUUAAGGUAUCUAAUUUCAUUAACUUUGUCUGCUAUUUUAAUUUUGUUCCCUGCUUGCAGUUCACAGCAGAAGCAUCUCAACUGCAAGAACUGAAUGUAAAGUGGAAACAACAAGUAAACCAGAGAGAUGCUGAGUUG